UUCAAGAUGGCGGAGCCAAAUUGCAAAACAUUGCGGUCGAGCAUAAGACAUGUAUUUUCGGGAACACUUGUGCACUCUACUGCAGCAAAUAGAAUGGAAAUGUGUCAAAGGAGAAUCAUAGGUAUUAAUCAGGACGGAAAGAUAGUUUUUGUUGAUGAUGCUUCCUGUGUGGGGGAACUUGCUAAAAAGUUUGAAUUUAAUGAGAGGGAUGUAAUCACUCUUAAAGAUAACAGACAGUUUAUGAUUCCUGGAUUAGUGGAUACUCAUAUUCAUGCUCCGCAGUACAUAUUCACUGGAACAGGCUAUGACUUGCCUCUCCUGCAGUGGCUUGAAAAGUAUACUUUUCCCUCUGAAUCAAGAUUCAGAAGCAAAGAAUUUGCUCAGAAUGCAUACAGAAAAGUAGUGACGAGGUUACUCAAGAAUGGAACAACCACUGCAUCAUAUUUUGCAACCAUUCACUAUGAUGCUACAGUAGUCCUCUGCGAUGUUAUAGCUGAACUUGGACAACGAGCAUAUGUAGGAAAAGUUUGCAUGGACAGAAACAGUCCCAACUACUACAUUGAGGGAACUGAUGACUCAAUCAAGAAUACUGACAGGAUUAUUACUCAUAUAUUAGGAAUGAAGAAUCCACUCAUUACCCCUGUCAUUACUCCAAGGUUUGUUGUGAGUUGCACCUCAGAUCUGAUGAAGAAGUUAGGGAAUCUUGCAAAGGAAUAUGACCUUCCUAUACAGAGUCACUUAAAUGAAAAUAAAGAGGAAAUCUCCAUGGUUAAAGACGAAUUUCCAAAUGAGAGCUAUACUGCGGUAUAUGAUAAGCAUAAUCUUCUUAAUGGUAAGACAUACAUGGCACAUUGCUGCUAUUCCACAGAGGAGGAACUUAAUCUUAUGUUGGAAAGAAAUUCUGCAAUUGCUCACUGCCCCACAUCCAAUUUUAACAUCAGAAGCGGUGUUGCUGAUAUCAAACACUGCUUGAACAAAAAGAUUAAAGUUGGAUUAGGAACAGAUGUUUCUGGUGGAGAAUCGCCAUCGAUGCUGGUAGCCAUUCGUGAUUGUGUCAAAGCCUCCAAUGUUAUCAGUUUUGGAAAAUCUAAAGGAUUCACAGCCUUAACUUAUGAAGAGGCUUUCUUUCUUGCUACUCUGGGUGGUAGUCAAGUGCUUGGACUUGACAACAAAACAGGAAAUUUUGAGGUCGGCAAAGACUUUGAUGCAUUAUUUAUUGACGUGGAAGUUCCAGAUUCCCCGUUCGAUUGUUUUAAUUCAGAUGAUACAAAGGAUGUUGUGCAAAAGUUUCUUUACCUUGGAGAUGACAGGAACAUUCGAAAGGUUUAUGUGGCGGGCAAACUUGUAGCAGGACGAGAUUUCAAUAUCCAAAGCGAAGUGGAGUGUAUAGAAAUCGAGGACUGACUACUCAGGAGUUUAGUUUAGCGUAGAUCCUCGAAUAAUUGUACAGGGCGCUUAUUUCAAAACGGGGAUGAACCGUGGAGCGGAUGGGAAGCGCUUAUCAAACCGUAAUUGCUGGUUCAAUUUUUUUUAAAAUUGGCCGUUACGUGUUACCGUUAGAAACAUCAUCUUAGAAAUUCCACGGUGGCCAAUUUACUUAAUUAACUCAGUUGAUAAAACCACUUAAUAUUGUGAUACCCUCAGUGAAGUAGGACCAUAGUUAGAAACUUACCCCCUUUAUUAUAAAUAUUCAAAGAUGAUCUUAAAGUUUUUCUGAGAGCCACAAUUGGUACUCAUGAUUACUUUUCCAAACCUAACGUGCACUUAACUAGUUCGGCGACGUAACAUAAGAUGUGAUAGUAUUGCGACUAGUGUUAGUAAUGCAACUUAUUGUCUAAGUUUCAAAAACGUUUAAGCAGCGGGUUGUAAGGUAAGAGGCUAAGUAGGUUAUUAUUUGUAAGUACAUUCUUUUGUAAGUAGGUUUUAAUACUGAACAUUAGUGUUAUACGUAUAUUGAUGUAAUUAGCGCAAGUAAUUUCCUGUAUUUCCUGUUUGUUGUCGUCAUAUCCACAGCAGAUAUAAAAUCUAUUCGACAAGGUUAUGUCACGAUAAAUUGUACCGACUUCCCUCCCCCUCCCCCCUUCCAUGAAGGUUCUGUAAUAUUCUUAUGUUCAAUGUAGUUAUUUGGCAGUCAGUUUUUUAAGUUUCCCCUUUAUAAUCUUUUGGAAACGACUGAUUCCCCCUCCGCUUCCCCUGCGAACCAUGUGAUCCCCCCCUAAAAUCUUCCAAUCCCCCUACUAGGCGAUAAGUGAUGACCAGUCGUAAUUAAUGUUAUGCAGUAUUCAAUGUACUAAAGACUGUCUAAACUUAAAGUUGUUGACUAAAUUAUGGGUGUGUAAUUUUUUCCGACACUGCAGUGCGUAAAGGAAACUGUUUGGCAAGAAGGAAGUCCGGGAAAUGUGCAUUACCUAAAUAGCGCCAAUAAUUCAAGUAAUGGUUCUCUUUUAUAAUUAAUUUUUAUAGCUGGUCUGUUAAAAAAAAAUCGCAAAAUGCAAGAGUAAUCGCUUUUGAAUGUCAGAGACACUGAAUAGCUUUAUAUAUUUCGAAUUAUUAUUUAUGACAAGAAUGUGAAUAAAGUUGACGUUGUUCUUG